AUGGCAAAAGCUCUAGUGAGAGGCAUUACCGAGGCAAAGAGACUAGGCAAUAUUGAUGGCAUUCAAAUUACUACUGGGGUGGAGGCUUGCACACAUCAACAAUUUGCAGAUGACACUCUUUUGUUGGGUGAGGGCACUAAGAAGGAGGCGAAGGAAUUCAAAUUGGUCCUCAAAUGGUAUGAGAAAGUUUCAGGUCAAGUGACUGCUUUCGACUAUGCCUAUGGACUUGGAGGUGUUGACUAUAGAGAAGUUCUCAAGGGAGGUCAAUGCCACGAUCCAAACACAGUUGCGGCUCAUGCUUCCUAUGCUUUCAAUAAUUAUUAUCAAAAGAAUAACAUGGCACCCAAAACCUUUGAAUUUGGGGGCAAUGCAAUCAUCACUCAGACCAAUCCCAGUAAGUAA